AUGCCACCGCCCCACGCGGCGGCGCUCCCGCCGCGCCCCUCGCAGCGGCUCAGCGCGCGGCUAGCGGCGGCGGCCGCGGCAGCAUCCCCGGAGCUGCCGCGGAGCCGCCCAGCAUUGCGCGGAGGCGAGGAGAGGGGAGGCGAGGGGAGCGCCGGCCCGCUCAGCCGCGCCGCUCCCGGCAGCCGCCCGUCACCUGACCGAGGGGCCGAGCGUGCCCGCCCGGCGGCGCUGACAGCCGGCCGUGCGCCCUCCCGGACGGGGCUCUGCCGGGCUGGGCCGGGCUCGGUUGGGCUGGGCUGGGCUGGGCUCGGCAGCGCUCCCCGCGCCGCCACCAGCCGGCAGACGAGGACGGACCCCGCCGUGGCGCCGCGCCCCUCGGGCGCUCCCCAUUGGCUGCGCGGCACCCCCGCCCCGCCCCCAGCACGUGGUAGGGCGCGGAAGCGGCCCUUAAAGGAACACGGGCCCGGCCGCGCGGCGUGGGGAGGGCGGGUGCGGGGUGUGCCCGAGUUACAGCUGUUUUACACACCCACGGACUGUGGCUCCCGGGAGACACGCCGCCGUCCCCGCCCGCUCCCGGCGGUGGGAGGAGCGGGAGCGGCCGCGACCCGCGGGAGGCCGGGAGGGAUCGCGGGCGGCCGAGCGGGCGGAGCCACCGCGCCAGCGGGCAGCUUGCGGGAUGGCGCACAUCCAUCCCCUGCCACCCGGCCCAGCAAGGCCAGCAACCCCCGCGCCUUCUUCGAUGUGGACAUCGGGGGCGAGCGAGUUGGACGCAUUGUCUUUGAAUUAUUUGCUGACAUUGUACCUAAAACUGCUGAAAAUUUCCGUGCGUUAUGUACAGGAGAAAAAGGAACAGGGCCUACCACUGGAAAACCUCUCCAUUAUAAAGGAUGUCCUUUCCACAGAAUUAUUAAGCAGUUUAUGGUCCAGGGUGGAGAUUUCUCAAACCAAAAUGGCACAGGUGGAGAAAGUAUAUAUGGUGAAAAAUUUGAAGAUGAAAACUUUCAUUAUAAGCAUGAUAAACCAGGUCUGCUGAGCAUGGCAAAUGCAGGACCUGGUACUAAUGGCUCUCAGUUCUUUAUUACAACGGUGCCUACUUCUCACCUGGAUGGGAAACAUGUGGUGUUUGGCCAAGUGAUCAAAGGAAUGGGUGUAGUUAAAAUACUCGAAAAUGUUGAAGUAAAAGGAGAAAAUCCUGCUAAGUUGUGUGUCAUCGCCGAUUGUGGAGAGCUAAAGGAAGGAGAUGAUUGGGGAAUUGUUCCCCAAGAUGGAUCUGGAGAUGCUCAUCCAGAUUUUCCUGAAGAUUCAGAUAUAGACUUGAAAGAUGUUGACAAGAUUGUGGCCAUAGCAGAAGACACAAAGAAUAUAGGAAAUACUUUCUUCAAAUCGCAAAAUUGGGCAAUGGCAGCUAAAAAAUAUAGUAAAAGUUUACGGUAUGUAGAAGCUUCUGAAGCAGUGGCAGAGGAGGCAGACAAACCAAAGUUGAAGACUGUUGCUUUGACCUGUGUUUUAAACAUUGGCGCUUGUAAACUAAAACUGUCAGAUUGGCAGGGAGCCAUUGAGAGCUGUUCAGAGGCUCUUAAAAUAGAUCCCGCAAAUACUAAAGCUCUCUACAGACGGGCCCAAGGAUGGCAGGGAAUAAAAGAUCUCGAUCAGGCAUUGGCUGAUCUUAAAAAGGCUCAUGAAAUAGCCCCUGAAGACAAAGCUAUCCAGACGGAAACACUCAAAAUCAAGCAGAAGAUAAAAGCCCAAAAGGAGAAAGAGAAAGCAGCUUAUGCUAAAAUGUUUGCUUGAUUUUUUUCUUAACAUUUAAAUCUAUGCACUAACUCAUGCAAAAGGAUAAACAGAGCUGCUUCUUUCAUUUGCUCUCUGCUGCAGUUUUCAGUGUUUACAACACAAAAAGUCUAAUAAUAAAGACAAACUAUUCAAAGAUG